CUUUCUAUCUCUGUGUGUAGUGGUUUAGGUUUGCUCCCCUCGUCUCUUUUUUCCUCCGUUUUCUUGAAAAGAAAUUUGCCCUCUUCUGCUUGGUAGGUUGUGCCGUUUGAGGGGGGAUGUGUGUGAUGGGCCCUCAACUCCACUAGAGAGGGGAUUUUAAUGGUGAAAGGGGUCUCUUUCCCUCACUUUCUCUGCUUUUCUCUUUGCACCCCCCCAUUUUCUUGCUGUCUCCCAAUUCCGGUUUCUGGGUUUUCUUUCUUUCUCCUCUUUUCCCUUCUCUUGUGAAGAUAAGAUUUGUGGGUUUCGUCGGUUUGGUGGUUUCCGCUUGAACCAUUGUGGAGCAUUUCCUUCUGGGCUCGCGGUCUUGGAGGUGGGUUUAGUCGCUGUCUCUUUACUCGGCUUUUGGUGACCGGCGGUUGGCGUGUUCCGCGUCUGCAGGGAGCGUGGAUUCCGUGAGAGCUUUUGGUUGGUUUCUUGGUCUUCAUGUUUACAGGGUUGGUGUUGGAAAAAUUAGGAGCCUUUUUGGUGGUCUAGAAGGUCAACGACGUCGAUCUCAAAGACUGUGAAGAAGGAGUUUGAGAUUGGAGGAAGAUUGUGAGAGUUUCUGGUGUAGGGGGUUUUAAAUCAUGAGAAGAGAUAUGGAUAGGGUGAUCCAACCUCCUUUGGUUGAUUCGACAGCGUGUCUAUGUAGAGUUGAUACGAGCCUCAAAACUGUUGCUGGGGCCAAAAAGUACGUACCUGGAACAAAGCUCUGUCUCCAGCCCGACAUCAAACCAUCCAUUCAUCCAACAAGGAACAAGCCCGCACGAGGAGAUAGAAGCCGGAAUCAAUCCCCUCUACUUCCAGGCCUACCCGAUGACCUUGCCAUCGCGUGUCUCAUUAGGGUGCCACGAGUGGAACACUGUAAGCUCCGCCUAGUCUGCAAAAAAUGGUACAAGCUUCUUUCGGGUAACUUCUUUUACUCCUUGCGUAAGAGCCUCGGAAUCGCAGAAGAAUGGGUAUACGUAAUCAAGAGAGACCGAGAUGGGAAGAUCUCUUGGCAUGCUUUUGAUCCCAUAUAUCAGCUCUGGCAGCCUCUCCCUCCAGUGCCGAAGGAAUACUCGGAAGCCCUAGGUUUCGGAUGUGCCGUCCUAAGUGGGUGCCACCUUUACUUAUUCGGUGGCAAAGACCCACUGAAAGGCUCAAUGAGACGAGUGGUUUUUUAUAGUGCGAGGACAAAUAAAUGGCACCGUGCCCCCGACAUGCUUCGGAGACGGCAUUUCUUUGGUUCAUGUGUCAUAAACAACUGCUUGUACGUAGCUGGUGGUGAGAACGAGGGUGUUCACCGUACAAUGAGGUCUGCAGAGGUAUAUGAUCCCAACAGAAACCGUUGGUCCUUCAUUUCAGAGAUGAGCACGGCCAUGGUGCCCUUCAUUGGCGUCGUUUACGAGGGAAAGUGGUAUCUGAAGGGGCUCGGGUCACACCGGCAGGUUCUUAGCGAGGUCUACCAACCAGAUACGGAUAGCUGGUUCCCAGUGUACGAUGGAAUGGUCGCCGGCUGGAGAAACCCCAGUGUCUCCUUUAAUGGGCACCUCUAUGCUUUGGAUUGCAAGGACGGAUGCAAAUUGAGGGUUUACGAUGAAGUGACAGAUUCUUGGAGUAAGCACAUUGACAGUAAGAUGCAUUUGGGAAAUUCCCAGGCUCUAGAGGCGGCUGCACUCGUUCCUCUCAAUGGGAAACUGUGCGUCAUCAGAAACAACAUGAGCAUUUCUGUCGUUGAUGUUUCAAAAUCUGACGGUGGCAGGGGUGCAACUGCUGAACAUUUGUGGGAAACUAUAGCAGGAAAAAGCCAAUUAAGGACCAUGGUCACGAAUCUCUGGUCUAACCUCGCGGGGAGGAACCGCCUGAAGAGUCACAUUGUUCACUGCCAGGUUCUUCAAGCCUAGAAACUGUACGCUAAACUCAGUUCCAUGGUUAUGUAUUUUCGGAAAUUUCUUGCCUUGGCUAUAUGGAACUGCGUCCAGAUGAGGCCAAAAGCUUGUCAAAAUCGGAUUUGACGAUGUUAAAUGGAUGUGCACUCCAAAUUGAAGCUCAAAUGUCCCACUUUAGAGUCGCUAUAUAUAUACGUGGAUGUUUUACCUUUCGGGGCUUGGAAAAGAAAUUUUGGAAGAUACAUGGCUGGCUUUGGGUAGAGGACGGGGAUCAAGUGAUGAAAAGCUCAUCUGUAGUUAGCUUGUUUGACUUUCGGGUUUUGCUUUUGUAGACCUUGUUUAUGUUCCCUAUUCAACACUGGUUAUAUUAAAUAUGCUGUGAACUGGUUUGACCUGAUCGUCAAAAGUAAGUCCGAUAUGGUUCAUGAAGGGCA